ACGCAGAGCCAAGGGGCCAGUACAGACCCAGGCCUGCCUCGGGCCUGCCCCACUCAGCUUCGCAGGCAGCUGGAGGAACGCUUCGGAGAGAGCCCUUUCAGCGACGAGGAGGAGCUGAGAGCGCUGCUGCCGCUGUGCAAGCGCUGCCGCCAGGGCUCAGCCACCUCGGCCUGCGCCUCGGCCUCAGCCUCCGAAGGGACCCUGCAGCGCCUGGUACCGUGCGCGCCCCGGGAGGCCCACCGGCCGCUGCCGCUGCUGGCGCGUGUCAAGCAGACUUUCUCUUGUCUGCCGCGGUGCCUGUCCCGCAAAGGCGGCAAGUGAGGAGCCCGCCCCGCGGUGGCCCGCCUCCGCCUCCGCCUCCGCCUCCGGACUUCAUCCUUCCGGGGCCGCCUGGGCCUUCCCCGUCUCCAAGAUGGACCUAGAGCAGACUGAGCUCCGCUGCCGCCAGACCCCCGCCCCAGUUCCCGCCCCAACUGCUUGUCUGCGUCUGCAGUCUGUGUGUCCUCCAUCUGCAUCUGUGUCCGGCGGGCCAGCUGCAGCCACCUGGUGCCUUAGUCCUUGGACUGGAGGAGGGGGGCCCAGGCCUCCCCCCUAAAAGGCGGCGGGGGAGAAAUGGGAGUGGGUGGGUGGGGGUUGGACGGGCCUGGAGGAUAUUAAAGAGACGCAGAAGCUG